AUGGCUAAACAACAACAAACUUCAAGUUACAGCAGUGGUGGAAACAUUAUUCCUACUCCUGAAGAGGCUGCAACGUUCCAGCCCCAAGUUGUUGCAGAGGGUGGAUGGGAAAAAUGUUGGGAAGACGGUGUAACACCGUGGGAUCAGGGAAGAGCCACACCUCUCAUCCUCCAUCUUCUCGACUCCUCCUCUCUCCCUCUUGGCCGUACUCUUGUCCCUGGCUGCGGCGGAGGGCACGAUGUCGUUGCGAUGGCAAACCCCGAACGUUUCGUUGUUGGACUAGAUAUAUCUGAAAAGGCUCUCAAGAAAGCUAAUGAGACUUACGGCUCCGCACCGAAUUCAAUGUACUUUGCGUUCGUGAAGGAAGACGUUUUCACUUGGCGUCCUGAUGAACUAUUCGACCUCAUAUUCGAUUAUGUGUUCUUCUGUGCCAUUGAACUGGAGCUGAGACCUGCAUGGGCUAAAUCCAUGUAUGAACUCUUAAAACCUGACGGCGAACUCAUAACUCUCAUGUAUCCGAUUACCGAUCAUGUUGGUGGAGCUCCCUACAAAGUAUCUGUCUCUGCGUACGAAGAUGUGUUGGUUCCCUUAGGAUUUAAGGCAGUGUCCAUCGAGGAGAACCCAGACUCCAUUCCCACUCGUAAGGGGAAAGAGAUGCUUGCGAGGUGGAAGAAGAUCAACUGAUCCAAGAGAGAUCAGAUCUUACUGUUUAGUAAGAAUGUUAUAUAUGUGUGUAAUCUACCUUUCUGUUAAGAAUAAAGUGAGUAUCCAAUUACUCAAUGUAAAAUAUGUAUAUGUGAAUGUGAUGAUUAUGGCGGCAGCUGCCAACGUCUAUGUAACUCCGGUCGCCGAUCUCUCUCCCCUUGUUGCUGUAUUCCUCACUUUCAUCUGGUGUGCUUUUAUG